AUGCGGCGGAAGAAGGGUUCCUACGUAACAUGCACGGUCAACGGCACCGCAUACCGCUCAGACGACGGCAUGUACGACGUAAAGACACCGUACGGGUCGCACACAGUGUUGCUGCGCGCACCGGCGACGGCACCAUCGUCGUCUUUAUUGGCGUCCCCUCUGUCACCAGAAGACGCAUCCAGAGGACGGUCGGAGCCCUUGACGGGCUUCACCAUCUGCGCGGUGGACGCGCGUGGGCGUUUUGUUGUGAAGCAGAGCGGCACCUACGAGGUUGGUGCAAUCCGAGCCGUUGAAAGGCAGGCUGAGGCUGAGGCUGAGGCGCAGACGGCGAUUCACGAUGCGCAGGGCGUGCCAGCAGCGGCUUCGAAGACGGCGGGGGAGGGCCAAAGUGCAAUGAAGGAAGUGCGACGAGCCCCCAACAAGUACAGCAUGUUCCUAAGUAAGUUUUCGAAGGUGUUCAGCCUGAAGGGGUUUCAGGCAGGCGCGACGGAGUGGAGGCGCUUUUCGGCGGAGUCGAAGAAGACCGAGGAUGUGGAUGCUCUCAUCGCCACGGUGGUCCGCUCCGGUCGUUACCCGAUGCGCCAGCCGAAGAGCUGA